AUGAAGACAAUUUUUCGAUCUCACGAGUUAUGGAGUAUUGUUGAGACGGGUUUUACUUCUCCAGCGAAGGCGAAGGAAGAGAUAACAAAGGGGGAGAUGAAGCUGCAUCGUGAAAAUUUGGUCAAGGAUGCAAGGCUCUUGGAAUCAUUCAAGGAGCUGUAUCGAAUCAGAUUUUUCCACGCAAUUGUAACUCUAGAAACUGCAAAAGUAGCAUGGGAUAUUCUGAAGCAAGAGUUCGUAGGAGGCAAACAUAUACGACCUAUGAAAUUACAUGGUAUUCGUCGUGAUUUUAAGUAUACUUUUAUGAGUGAAGGUGAGUCUCUAGCUACAUAUUUGGCUAGGUUGUUUGAUUUGAUAAAUCAGAUAAAGAGUUAUGGAGAAUACUUUAGUAAUCAGAGAAUUGUGCAAAAGUUAUUGACCAGUUUACCUAAAACAUAUGAUAGUACAGCUUAUGUUAUAGAGAAUACUAAAGAUAUUGAAGUAAUUGAUGCUCAAGAUAUGGUUGCUAUAUUGCAAGAGGGAUUUGGAUACUCUCCUGAGCCCAAUGAGUGGAUCCUCCUAAACAAGAGAGGAUCUGAAUCCUUGAAAGGGUAUGAACUGAGGCCAACUAGACAUGGAGAAAGUAGUACUGAGUGUGCAUUUGCUAGUUUGAAUAUCUCACCUAAGAAUGGUAACUUUGGUAAUCAAAAUAGCAAUACUAGUGGAACAAAAUUUCAAAAGAAUUUCAAGUUCAAGGGGAAACAGUGGAAUAACAAGUCCACUCCGGGUGUAAGAAAUGAAACUAGCAACACUGGUGGUGCUUGUAAAUGCUGUGAUAGACUCCACUAUGGAGAGUGUUGGAUGAAAGGGAAGAUUAAAUGUCACAAAUGUGGCAAGCUUAAGUCAUAUUGCCAGGGUUUGUAA